UAGACACACCACUUCCGGUUUGGGUUUUGACACGUUGUUGUGAUUGUUUAUCCUAGGAAGCAAUUAUGAAGGCACUUAUUCUAGUAGGAGGAUAUGGAACUAGACUGAGACCUUUGACCCUCAGUGUGGCCAAACCAUUAGUGGAGUUUGGUAACAAACCUAUGUUGCUUCACCAACUGGAGGCUUUGGUAGAGGCAGGGGUGAAACAUAUCAUUCUGGCUGUGAGUUACAGGGCAGAACAGAUGGAGAAAGAGUUGAAACAUGUAGAAACCCAGCUUGGAGUAAAGAUCAGUAUUUCUUUGGAGUCUGAACCUCUUGGAACAGCGGGCCCGCUGGCAUUGGCAAAAGACCUCCUGACUCAGGACCGUGAACCAUUCUUCGUUCUUAAUAGUGACAUCAUCUGUGACUUUCCAUUUAAACAGAUGGUUCAGUUCCAUAAACACCAUGGUCGACAGGGAACCAUCGUGGUAACAAAAGUAGAGGAGCCCUCUAAGUAUGGUGUUGUGGUGUAUGAUGCAGAGAAUGGGCGGAUCCAAAGAUUUGUGGAGAAACCACAGGAAUAUGUUUCAAACAAGAUCAAUGCAGGAAUGUACAUCCUCAGUCCCUCUGUCCUAGAUAGAAUACAGCUAAAACCAACAUCUAUAGAAAAGGAAGUAUUUCCAUUUAUGGCAGAUGACAAGGAUUUAUAUGCAAUGGAAUUACAAGGUUUUUGGAUGGAUGUUGGACAGCCCAAAGACUUCCUGACUGGGAUGUGCAUGUACCUUAGUUCAUUACGUGAAAAGUCACCUGACUUAUUACAUGGUGAAGAUGGCAUUGUGGGAAAUGUGUUAGUGGAUCCUAGUGCCAAAAUAGGAAGAAAUUGUAGGAUAGGACCCAAUGUGACAAUCGGUCCUGACGCAGUGAUUGAGGAUGGGGCUUGUAUAAAGCGUUGUACGAUACUGAAGGGGGCGAGAGUCCGGUCACAUUCCUGGCUGGAGUCUUGUAUCAUUGGCUGGAGGUGUGAUGUAGGAAGAUGGGUAAGAAUGGAAAAUGUUUCAGUAUUAGGAGAAGAUGUGACUGUCAAAGAUGAACUGUACAUCAAUGGAGGCAGAAUCCUUCCCCACAAGUCGAUCAGUAAUUCGGUUCCUGACCCUCAAAUCAUCAUGUAGAUCCACCAACCAUCAAAUCAUCAUGUAGAUCCUCAGUAUCAGGGUACUAUCAGGAUGUUGACCACUAAGUGUGCAAUUAUUGUAUUACAGUCGUUCUGAGUUCAUCUUCUAAAGCUGAAAAUCCAGCGACGCGGUCGAUCAGACUCUAUUUAUUAAACAGAAAUUAUAGAAACAUAUUAAGGAAAACUGCUGGCAUGAUACUUCAUAUAUGACUUUUCUGUCGCUUUGAAAGCUUGUUGGUUACGUGGGGAUUAUUUUGUCUGGUGUGUAUCCCUCCAUCUGUCGAGGUUGUGUCACUCAUUUACUUACAGGCGACACACAUGUUCCUCGGUAGUCUGGUGAUGAGUGUGUACUGUGGGUGUAGAAAUAUACGCAUGAUGUGAAUUACACAGCUACGAUAGGUUACAUAUUGAAUUUCAACAACUUAUAGGAGAUAUAUACAUGUGAUAUUUAAGAUUAAAUUUCUUUUUUUGUUUGUAAAUACAUGAGAGCAUGAACUGUGCUGCUUUAUGCCAGAAGUGCUAACACACAUCAUGAAAAGUAGGCUGUCAUUAAGCAUUGCUGUUCAUACUCUCAUGUACAUGUAUUUUCAAACAAUGAAAUUAAGUUACAUUUUACUUUCAUUUCGAAAUUCCCAGUUAUUCAAAUAGUUGUGCUAUAUUUAUCCAAAUUCAUACACACAUUGUUCACAUUUAGGAGUAAAUGGCCAUCAUUAUGUUCCCCAAACAAAGUUUGGGAACAUAUUGUUUUUACUCUGUUUCUUAUUAUUAUUAUUAUUAUUAUUAUUAUUAUUAAGGUCUUCCGUUUCCAACGGAAGACCUAGUGAUUCUACUGUUUAUUAUUAUUAUUUUUUUUUUCCCUUUCGUCUCCGAGACCGUUGGAUGGAUUUUUCUGAAACUUUCACAGGUUAUAGAGAACGAUGGUACCUCGAGGCAUUUUUUUCAGUUUUUCAAAAUUCACUUCCGGUCGCAAGAUAUGUCCAAUUUUCGUCUUUUUACAAGAUAUUUUGUCCAGCGUUUUUCUCAGAAACGGUAAAAGAUAGAGUCACCAAAUUUUCAGAGUUAAUAGAUGUCACUUUGUAGGCGUGCAGUAGGGGGUUAAGAAUGUCGGCGGCCACUUCCGGUCGUCACCGGAAGUGAUUAAAGGAAACAUGAAUUUCAAACUUUUUUCUUACAAAGUGAAACCUAUUUCGGUUUACUAUAUAUCGUUCUAAUUCUCAAAAAAUGUUGACCCCACCGGAAGUUGAAUCUUCAACUUCCGGUUUUAUCAAAGAAAGCUUAUUCAUUCUCUCAUUUUUCAGUGCCAUAAAUCUCGGUCAUGAAACUAGUUAAUGACUUGAGUUUUAAAUAUAUAAUAGUCACUAUAAAUGUCUAGAGUAACGUCAAAUAUUUUUGUAAAAUUUACUUCCGGUCGGCAAAUACGGCUUAUUAGCUGUUUUCGUUGUCCAGCGUUUUUCUCAGAAACGGUAAAACAUAGAGUCACCAAAUUUUCAGAGUUAAUAGAUCUCACUUUGUAGACGUGCAGUACGGGGUUAAGAAUGUCGGCCGUCACUUCCGGUCGUCACCGGAAGUGAUUAAAUGAAUCAUAUAUUUCAAACUUUUUUCUUUCAAACUGAAACCUAUAUCGGUUUACUAGGUCUGGUUCUAAUUCUCAAAAAAAUGUUGACCCCACCGGAAGUUGAAACUCCAACUUCCGGUUAUAUCAAAGAAAGACUAUUCAUUCUCUCAUUUUUAAGUGCCAUAAAUCUCGGUCCUAAAACAAGUUAAUGAUUUGAAUUUUACAUAUGUUAUAGACACUAUAAAUGUCUAGAGUAAAUUUAAAUAUUUUUGAAAAAAUUCACUUCCGGUCGUGAGAUAUAGGGUGGACAUAUUCAAACCUUGUUUUUUCAGUUUCUCAAUAAUGAAUAUAGAUAGACGCUUGAAACUUGUAGAGUUGAUCAACUAACAUUAGUCCAUUGUAGACAUACAUUCAAUUUUUUUGUCCGUCACUUCCGGUCUAUACCGGAAGUAUUUGAAAAAAUUGUCGAUUUUCUGAUUUCUUCGAGUGAUUUCUCAGAGAUGGCUGAAAUUUUCAGGAAUAAUGUCUUAUGAAAUGACCUUGCUAUAAUUCUUUUUGUUUUUACAACAUUCACUUCCGGUCGGAAAAUAUGGCCGAUUUUCUGUUUCUCAAAAGGAAUUUUGUCCAGCAUUUUUCUUGGAAAAAGUAAAAUAUAGGUUCAUCAAACAUUCAGGGAUGAUCAAUCUCCGUUUGUAGGCGUGCAGUAGUGGGUUGAACAUGUUGACCGUCACUUCCUGUCGUCACCGGAAGUGAUGGAAAGAAUCGCAAAUUUCAAACUUUUUCCUUUAAAUUGAAACCUAUACUAGUUUAUUAACUCUCUUUCAAAGUGUCAAAAGAAUAUUGACUCUGUCGGUAGUCAAAACGACUACUUCCGGUUUCUUGAUAAAAUACCUUUUUAAUUUUCGUCUCUUUUUCCCCAUAAAUCUCGCUUAUAUUUGAAGUCUUUCAUAUGAUUUUCACAUGUCUUAAUAAAAGUAUCAACUUCCAAAGUUUUGAUAAUUUUGUUUUUCAAAAUUGACUUCCGGUCGGUAGUAACCUACUACUUUUUCUUUCUAAGGUUUACUUCUUUUUUUGAGAACUCUUUCAGAUAGAGACGCGAAAUUUUCAGGGAAUAUAGACAGUAAAGAGUCGCUGUCAUUUAUAGGAAAAUGCAUCUGAAUAGUACUUCCGGUCGUCACCGGAAGUUACGAGAAAGUAAAAAAUUCGAUAAUACAUUUCUCAUUCAUUGUUAAGGCACAUUUUCUGAUAUAUUUAAAUGGUUUUUGUAGGAACAGAAAGUUCUUUACCGGAAGUGGUCUAACGGAAGACCUACUCAUUACUAGUAAUGAGUGUCUAGUUAUUAUUCUUUUUCUCCGGUACUUUUUUGUCCGGUAGUGUUCUCAGAAACUACAAAAGGGAUCGAUAUGAAACUUUCCAGGAUGAUAGUAUAGCGUUUGUAGAUGUGCAUAGUGAUAGUCAUUUUGUUUGCACGUGCAUGCACGCGCGCGCACGUGCAUUGCAAUUUUGGUACAAAAAAUGGAAAAUCAGAAUAUUGAAGGAAGCGAUAUAAAACCUAAAUAGGAUGAUAGUAUAUCAUUUGUACAUAUGAAAAAUAAUAGUUAUUUUGCCAGCACGCGCACGCAUGCGCGUGCACGCGCAUUACAAAAUUUGUACGCUAACUUUGGAAUCAGUCUAACUUUUUUAUUGUUCAUUGAAAUGGCUUGAAAUUCAUAUCAUAGGUAGAUAUUGAGACCCUUAACUGAUUUACAUGGUCAAAAUUACCAAUUUGCACGCGCAUGCACGUGCGCUUCAUUUUGAUUGGAUAAUGCUAAAACGUCUGUAACUAUCUUAUUUAUGAAGCGAAUGAGAUGAUAUUCACAGCAUACGUAGACAAUAUGUGUAUCUAUAUGUUGGUGUAACAAAAAAUGCCAACGCACACACGCAUGCGCGUGCAACGUUUUUUAAAUAUUCAAUUUUUAAAGGACGAUAACGUUUUUGUUUUUCAUCAAAUUCUAUUCAUAUUAGGGGUUUAGAUGUAUCUUGGUACUCCUUACAAAUUGCUGUGGUUAGAAUUACUGCUCAGCACGUGCAUGCACGUGUGCUGAUUUCUGAUUGGACGAUUUUAAAAUCGCUUUAACUUCCUUAUAUUUGGUGGAAACGUUAUGAAAUUCAUACUGUGGGUAUAUGAUACAAAUGCCUGUUGAACGACAUCAACAAAAAUUCGGAAUCAUACACGCGUGCGCGUGUAUGCACGUGCAACGCUUUCUUUCAUUUCUUGGUACUGAAAUGACCAUAUUGAACGUACUACAUGUAAUUAAAGGCUAAAAUAAAAUGAUUUUUUCCUAUAGAUUCACAAGGACAUCACUUUUUAAUUGGGGGAGGUUUGGGGAACAUCUGUAACGGUCCCCGUUACAAUUAGAACUAGUUUCAAUUGAUAAAGACAGAAGGUGAAAACAUUAGAAAUGUAAAUAUCAAAGUGUAAUCACCACGAUAUGUAUAGGACUACAUCUACAGUACGGCGAUACAGAAAAGUAGAUAAGUUAUUUAAUGUUUCCAUGAGGAGGACAGUGGGGAACCAAAACAAGACUCCUCAUUAUAAUUCAUUUUCUUUUUGCUCAAAGCAAGAUAGGUCAUACGCGAGGCAGAGUGUGAUAUUCACGCCUUCCCGUACUCCACGCCUUCAGUAAUCCUAUAGAUAUUAGUCCCACGUCUAGUUCUCCAUGACUAUGCAAAUACAAUGUGUAUAUACAUGUAGUAUUGUAGGCUUUUGAAAUGAUAUUGGUCAAUUCUGAUAUAUUUUGUAUACAAACAACAUGUUUUGUUACAGUGUUUUGAUGUUUGUGUUUUUAUGAAUAUACAUUGUACGUCGUAAUUGCAGUAUUUGGGUCAUUAAUGCCGGAAUGCAUUGCAGAGGAAUCGGUUUUACAGGAAAACUUUAUUAUUCUUCACAAUAGGUCUAAUCAAAAGAACUAAGUUUACGGUUUUAAAACCAAUCAAAAGAAAUGUUUUAUGACUGUUUUACGCAUGAAUUUCUAUAUUUUGAAUUUUUUUUAAAAGUGUGAAUUUUGAAGUGCACAAGGUAGUCUAGAUCUAUAAAUGUCAUGUGACAUCACAUUCAGAUAAAGCAGACAUGAUUGAUGGAUUGUACAUGUACAUUCUCAUCACCACUCGUAAACAGAAUGUUAGUAGAAGUACUGAAUAUCUAUUACCCAGUAAGAAUGUUGUACAGCGAGAGGACAGUCAUAAUCUUCUAACACACUAACACAUUAUUUAUUUCCUCUUUCCUCACCUGAAACAUUUAUACCUGUGACAAUUGUGCAUGAUACUAUAUAAUAUAUAUAUAUAUAUAUAUAUAUAUAUAUAUAUAUAUAUGUAUGUAUAUAUAUAUAUAUAUAUAUAUAUAUAUAUAUGUAUAUGUGUGUAUAUACAUGUAUAUAUAUAUAUAUAUAUAUAUAAUAACCCAGUGAAGUGUGGAAUGAAGCUGAGGUUGAAAAAUAUUUGCAUUAGCAAUUUUCUUUUUGAGUUUUUCUUGUUGCUUAUAGAAAAUAUGAAUAUACGUUUCUAAAAAUUUGAAAGUUUGAUACACAUACAUGCGAUAAUGUAUGGGUACAAUUAUCCACUACUUCACAAAGGGAAGACUGCAGGUAGUAUGAUCAAGAUAUGAUUAACUUGUUAAAUGACAUGUUUCAGUGCAUGUACUAGGUAUGCUGUAAUUGUUGGGGUUAAACGCUGGAGCACUAGAACUUAGAUCUGCUUUACUAAAUAUCCCCCCCCCCUCUCUCUCUGCAUGUCUACCUGCAUAUAUCCAGCUAUUGUUAUUAGGGAAUGAUAAAUGUAUAUGUAUAUAGUGGGACAUUUUGUAAUCAGUACAUUCCAUCUGUCCAUUUCUUUUGUAUACUGUGUACGUAUUUAUUAAUUAACCUGUGCAAAUAAUCCGAGGAAGAAAAUGGACCGGAUGUGAGAGGAAAUCGUGUCAUUAAGAGCGCACGUUUGUAUUACUCAUGUAUUGUGAUGUUUGGGUGUUUAACAUAUUGUCACACAUUACAACAUGUAUAUUUGUGUGUAUAUGGAUUUUUAUGAUUAUAUGUAGAUACGUUUUUCAAUGCUUUAACAUUUGUGUGCUUUAUCUUAAAUAUUAUUUUGUUGGAUACACUGCCAAUAAAAGUUGGAGAAAAA